UCGUCUACUAUUUUUCCUCAAAUUAGAGCUUUUGAGUGAUAAAUGCAUUGAGUUCUUUCACUUUUAUAGUGUGGAAAAGAGAAAGCCACAGCCAUCUGCCUCUCAGUGUGGACGGCCGCAUCUUAAUCCAGAUUAUGGCUGCAGCAUAAACGUUUUUUUCUUUUUUUCUGGCCGCCAUUACUAGUCAACAGUGCGUCCUUGAUAACAGACAGGCAGGUCGGUUAGCCUAGCUCCAAUUAAACCACCAACAAUCCAUCUGAGGGACUUUCAUAAAAAAAACUUCAGGAAAUCACAAUCUGACGUCAAGCCAGAGACUCCAACGGGGUAAAAAAUGGCGUUUUUAAUUAAAAGUAUGGUUGGGAACCCAUUGAAGGGAAUGGGACUGGGAGGAGGAGAGGAAAAGGCUGAAGAGGAAACCCCCAAGGACCCCGCAGCGGCCGCCGGCAUGACUAGAGAAGAAUAUGAGGAGUACCAGAAACAGCUAGUGGAGGAGAAAAUGGAAAGAGAUGCAGACUUCUUGCACAAGAAAGCAGAGAGGGCGACUCUGAGGGUUUGUCUACGAGAAAAAUACAGACUUCCUAAAAGUGAACAGGACGAGAACAUGAUCCAGAUGGCAGGAGACGACGUGGACGUUCCCGAGGAGCUGCUGAAGAUGGUGGAUGAAGACGCCACGGAGGAAGAGGAGAAGGACUCCAUCCUAGGGCAGAUGCAGAACUUACAGAACAUGGACAUGGAUCAGUUAAAAGAGAAAGCCAGUGCUACAUUGACAGAGAUGAAGACCAAGGCUGAGGAGAAGUGUUCUGUCAUGUAGGGGUUUAACAAACUCACACAUUUCUACAAACCAGGGCAUGCUUUUGCUAAAGCACAGUUUCAGAAAACUUAGGUGACUUUUUCUGUCAUGUCUUCACAUGAAAUUUCUUUUAAAGGCAGAAGAAGUAACCCAAGUUUUUUGGUCCCAAAAUCUGAUUCUAGAUCAGCUUUUUGGCUUCGGCUUCUCUUGUUUAGCCCCCAGUUUCACUGUUGGACUUUUUCUUUUGUAUGUGUUGUUUAAAUAAAUUAUGUUGUAGUAUAUUCCCUACUUCUCCUCUUUUUUUCUUUGCAUAUUUGUUGCAAUAUUUAUCUGUAAAUAUAUCUAACAAACAUAUAACUUGAACCUGAGGUGGAGAAGUUCUGUUUAAAUCCCCCUCCUGCUUUUUUGCACAAGGGAUGAGACGAAUGUGAUGCUGUUAUUUCUUCUUGUUAUUUUUUGACAGCAGACCAUCUAGUAUUGACACUUGCGAUAUUGUAAUGCUCAUUAGGAUUUGUUAGUCUUAUGUAUUAAGUGAGGUAAAUAAGCAUGAAUAGGAUUGACGUCUCAUGUGUAAACAGAUUAAACACAUGAA